AUGAGAUGCGACGGGGGUCUUUGUGUGUGGACAGACAGACAGGCACACACAGACGGAGAGACAGGGGGGAGUGGCAGGGAAUUUGGGGUGCGUUUGGGAGGACUGGACGGUGAUGCGACGUUGACGGGGCAACCGGGGACGGCGCCGGAGGAGUGGGGCGCUGGGUAUCCGGCGCCGUCGCCCAGCUGGGGCACAGUGGCAUUUCGUCUGGGAAACAUGCGCCGUGUUAUAUUACGCCCUCGCCGUCCGCCCUUAUUGCACGCCGUAAUUUAG